AUGUUGCGAACGAUCCUUGUACGAAAUCAAGUGUUAGCUGAAACAGUUAAAAAAGCCGUUCGGUGUAAUGUCACUAGAUGUUUAAGUACAGAGUUGGCCAGGAGGAAACAGACGAACAAACUACUUACUCCAACACAAAAGCAGUUAACUGCGAGACAAUGGAAUAUCCAGGUCAGACAUUACUCAGAUCUUCCUCCGCACAACAAAGUGAACCUACCAGCUCUUUCACCGACUAUGGAAAAUGGAUCCAUUGUCAGCUGGGAAAAAAAAGAGGGUGACAAACUUAAUGAAGGUGACCUCCUCUGUGAAAUUGAGACUGACAAGGCGACCAUGGGUUUUGAAACCCCUGAAGAAGGAUUUUUAGCUAAAAUUCUCAUUGCUGCCGGUACCAAGGGAGUUCCUGUUGGAAAACUCUUGUGCAUUAUUGUUGAAAACCAGGCAGAUGUUGCUGCGUUCAAAGACUUUAAGGAUGAUUCAUCAGGGGAACCAUCGAAGCCUGCACCACCAAAAGAGAAAGCGGCUGCAGCACCCGCACCCGCUGCCCCCGCCGCUCCUGCAGCUCCCGCCCCUGCUGCACCAGCCGCGGCACCACCUGCGCCUAAGCCGGCAGCGGCACCACAACCAACUGCAGAUCAGCAUAGUAGGAUUUAUGCUAGCCCUAUGGCUAGAAGGCUAGCAGAGCUGAAGAAUAUCAGAUUGGGUGGCCAAGGGUCUGGACUCUACGGUUCAGUGAAGAGUGGUGACCUCGCAGGAGCAGCCGCUGCACCCGCUCCUGUGGCAGUACCCGCGCCGGCGCCUGGUGCAAGUUACGUGGACAUUCCUCUGUCUGGUAUGAGGGAGACAAUUGCUAAGCGGCUGUCGGCAGCCAAGCAAACAAUUCCACACUACCAGCUGUCUGCUACUGUUAAUGUUGAGAAGACGCUGGAAAUGCGCAAGCUAGUCAAUGAGCGUCUUGCUAAGGAGAAGGCCGAUGUCAAGGUAUCUGUAAACGACUUCAUAGUGAAGGCAGUAGCUGCAGCCUGCAAGCGAGUGCCCACUGUUAACUCACAUUGGAUGGAAUCGUUCAUUAGACAAUUUAACAAUGUGGAUGUGAGUGUAGCAGUGGCGACACCUUCCGGCCUGAUCACACCCAUCUUAUUCAACGCCGACUCACGCGGUGUCAUCGAUCUGUCUAAGAAUAUGAAGGAAUUAGCGCAAAAGGCGAAGGACAACAAACUUCAACCGCAGGAGUAUCAGGGCGGCAGCGUCACUGUCUCCAACUUAGGAAUGUAUGGUAUUACCAUGUUCAACGCGAUCAUCAACCCACCACAAUCCUUAAUCCUAGCGUGCGGAGGACUUCAAGAGAUUGUUAUACCUGACAAGAAUGAACCACAAGGUUUCCGCUUAGCCAAGUUCAUAACAUUCACCGCAUCUGCCGACCACAGAGUAAUAGACGGCGCGGUUGGCGCGCAAUGGAUGAAGGCUCUCAAAGAGAACCUCGAAGAUCCGGCCAACAUGAUUCUAUAA